UUCUUUUUCUUCUUUCACCAAGAGCAUGGCUGACUUCAGUAAGACAUUUACAACAUCCUGAGGGGUGAUAUAAUGGUGGUAAUUGUUGCCUAUUUUUGGAAACAGGAUCUUGCUUUGUAGCCAAAGCUUGGCUCAAACUCAUGAUCUUCCUUGCCCCGGCUUCUAGAGUGCUGGUAUUACAAGCAAGCACCACCAAAAGGCUUCACCUUAUUUCUUUCAAUUAAAAACAAAUUUUAAAAGGCAAUACUUCUAUGAGACUCUUCUCUUGGGAACCUGUGGGGGCAGGAUUGUAGCAAAUGCAUUUCAGAAACCUAGUGUGCUAGACCUUGCUUACCCUGUAUCCACAGAAAACUGAACAAGCAACAAAAUUUCACAAGCUCAUGCAUGUAGCAAGCCCACUGAGCUGGACUGGAGGAGGAAUCCAGGUCAAUGGGGCAGUGGCAUUGCUCCACCUACACAUCUCUCUUCUCCCUUUCUGAGCCAGGGCCAUGCAGGAACAUGGUGGUGCAAAUACUAGUGCGUGCUCAUUCCUGAGAAGGUGAGCAAAAUCUCACAGGCAACUUUGGCUUGAGGGCUCGGCUCAGCCAGUGAACUGCACUGGAGCAGCCUGCGACCGUGUCUCCUUCCCUUCUUCCUUCACAGGUGCCAGACCUGUCUCUACUGGCCCUCGGCGCAUUCUUGCUUACUUCUCCUCCCAGGCAUUUCUGUCAAUUAAACUUGCAACAAGGGAUCGCUUUGGGAACUCAAAAAUACAUCUGCCUUGUGAAAGAGUUUCCACAGCACUUUUACACAGUGCUCUAAGGAAGGAAGACACCUUCAUGUCUUCCAGCCCUCACUCAAGUACCACAUUCCAGCACAAGCAUUUUACCUCUUAAGGUAAUGACUUCUUAGACUUUCUCAGUGAAUGAAACCCUCACAAGAGCUUGCUUCAUAGACACAGUUAGUACAUUUCUGCUUCAUGUCCGAAAUAAAACUAAGGACAUUACCAAAGGUAUGGGGGUGGGGGGUAGUUAUAUACAGUCAGAUCAUGUAUUAAAGGCAUUAUCUUAGUAGACUUGAAUGCAUGACACUGACUCAUGCUAGAAACAUCUUUAGCAUUUUUACAUCUCUAAACCUGGUGCUGUUCAUUCACAGUCCAGGUCUGGAAAGUGAUGGCACUAUCCCACAGGGAGACACUGGAGUCAAGCAAAAACAAGCCAAAGUAAAAAUCCUAUUCCAAAGUACAAAUGACCUUUUGUAUUCACAAGAGAGAUUCCAACAAGAGCUAGUGUGAGAUUCAGUCAGUUCUUAAGAGUGCCAGUAGGAGCUAGUGUGCAAAUGCCCUAUUAUUUCAGUGCCACAAACCCUCCAAUCUGUUACUAGCUGUGACUUUUAGUUAAGGAGGUAGAGAUGCUAAGGUAAAACUAGGAACCUCUGUUCCACAUUAGCAUUUGAGUCGUGUAUCAAACUGACAAUAGCAACUUGCCUUUUUCUUCUAAGAUCAAUGCAGCACUAUUUUUUUCAAUCAACAUGAUAAUAAAACACUGUUAUAAAAUAGGACAGAGAAGGAAACAAUCUAUUUUAAACUAGUUUCCCUGAAAUUCUCAAAGGAAAAAGAGGCCAAAAUACUUUCUUUUCGAAGCCCCCACCCUUUUAUUCUUGUGCUUUAUUGUUAAGCUCUUAAUGACAAAGAAACUAAGCCCACUUAGUUUAGCCACACAUCUACAAGUAAAUCACAGUCAUACUUUGAUCUUAACCAAGCAUGACUAUAACGCAAUUGAGUAGCUUUCCAAACUACCAGCAACGACACUACCUUGGUAUAGGCUGGCAUUAAAUCAGUACUUCAUAAAUCAAUCAUGCUUGCUUCUGCCCAUCUAGAUAAUCACUCCGAGGAAUCGGCAGUACAACACUGACUCUCACACGCAUUAAGAAUCAUCACUCUCCUAGCCCAACUCACUGUUCAGAUGGUUCUUCUUGAAUACAGCCCUUAUUACAACCUCACUGCUGCUUUCUACACUGAAGGAACACAAAACGUUUUAACGUCAGUAGUUCUUCUUUCUUGCAUUAUUGUAACUGGGGGCAGGGGGUCUUACAAGCCCCCAAUACCGUUACAAAGCACGGUGCUUUUUAACAGUAAAGCUUCUGGAAAACCCAAACAAAAGACACGUCACCCAGUGACGUCAGCCUAUAUACAGUUCUGUGUGGUCGCAGCACAUAAGCAAAUCCAUUCUUGUGCCGUUUCUCGGAAAAGCUUUUCAGUAAAUGCACUCAUGCUGCUCCAGGAGCUCUUCUCUGCAACAAGCAGCCCAUCUGCCAUCAACAAGUUAAGACCGCGAGAACUAACGACUACGGAACAGAAAGACUGAAGCUUUGAUGACCAGCAACAAUCAAGGAGGAAAAAAAAAUUUAAUAACUUGCAUUCAGAACUGGUUUUGGGAAUCAGAACAUCAUGGAAAAUGAAACCAAUGCUUGCUAGAGGAAUAUCCUAAGGAAAAAAAAACAACUCACCCUGGCGGAUUCAAUUUUAAUAGGAAAGCCUGGAACACAGAAAACAGGAAACUGGUCAAAGGCUCCUGUAUGUUAGAGCCUUUUACAGACUCACUGCGUUGAGUCUGAUAACCUCGACUGAAUGCAGCCUCCAAUGUGCACAGAAGAAUGGGCUUACAUUUCAAGUGGCCAUUAGGGGCCCCUAUGCUGGCAGCAGUGUAUGCAAUGAGUAUGGUUUUCAAAAUGCUGCCUGCGCUGGGCAUGGCGUGUCCCCCCAAAUGCCGCUGUGAGAAGCUGCUGUUCUACUGCGACUCUCAGGGCUUCCACUCAGUGCCAAACGCCACGGACAAGGGCUCUCUGGGCCUGUCCCUGAGGCACAAUCACAUCACAGAGCUCGAGAGAGAUCAAUUUGCCAGCUUCAGUCAACUUACCUGGCUUCACUUAGAUCACAAUCAAAUUUCAACAGUAAAAGAAGAUGCUUUCCAAGGACUAUAUAAACUUAAGGAAUUGAUCUUAAGUUCCAACAAAAUAUUUUACUUGCCAAACACAACUUUUACCCAACUAAUUAACCUGCAAAAUUUGGACCUGUCUUUUAACCAGCUGUCAUCUCUGCACCCAGAGCUCUUCUAUGGCCUUCGGAAGCUGCAGACCUUGCACUUACGUUCCAACUCCCUGCGGACUAUCCCAGUACGUCUGUUCUGGGACUGUCGUAGUCUGGAGUUUCUGGAUUUGAGCACAAAUCGUUUGCGAAGUUUGGCUCGAAAUGGAUUUGCAGGAUUAAUCAAACUGAAAGAGCUUCACCUAGAGCACAACCAGCUGACAAAGAUUAAUUUUGCUCAUUUCCUCCGGCUAAGCAGUCUGCACACGCUCUUCUUGCAAUGGAACAAAAUUAGCAACUUGACAUGUGGGAUGGAGUGGACCUGGAGCACUUUAGAAAAGCUAGAUCUGACUGGAAAUGAAAUCAAAGCCAUCGACUUGACAGUAUUUGAAACGAUGCCUAAUCUUAAAAUACUCCUCAUGGAUAACAACAAGUUAAACAGUCUUGAUUCCAAGAUCCUAAACUCCCUGAAAUCCCUCACAACUGUGGGCCUUUCGGGCAAUCUGUGGGAGUGCAGCCCCCGCAUAUGUGCUCUGGCCUCCUGGUUAGGCCGUUUCCAAGGUCGGUGGGAACAUUCCAUCCUAUGCCACAGCCCUGACCACACCCAAGGAGAGGAUAUUCUAGAUGCAGUCCAUGGAUUUCAGCUCUGCUGGAAUUUGUCAACCACGGUUACUGCCAUGGCUACAACUUAUAGAGAUCCAACUACUGAAUAUACAAAAAGAAUAAGCUCAUCAAGUUACCAUGUGGGAGACAAAGAAAUCCCAACUACUGCAGGCAUAGCAGUUACUACAGAGGAACACUUUCCUGAACCAGACAAUGCCAUCUUUACUCAGAGAGUAAUUACGGGAACAAUGGCUUUAUUGUUUUCUUUCUUUUUUAUUAUUUUUAUAGUGUUUAUCUCCAGGAAGUGCUGCCCUCCCACUUUAAGAAGAAUUAGACAGUGCUCAAUGAUUCAGAACCACAGGCAGCUCCGAUCCCAAACACGGCUCCAUAUGUCAAACAUGUCAGACCAAGGACCGUAUAAUGAGUAUGAACCCACCCACGAAGGGCCCUUCAUUAUCAUUAAUGGUUACGGACAAUGCAAGUGUCAGCAGCUGCCAUACAAAGAAUGCGAAGUAUAAGAUCUACUCGUCAUCAAAAAUCACAUCAGAUAAGUAACCUAUUUUACAUAGUAGGGGAUAAAUACAUUAUCUAAUUUUUACCAAUGGUGACAUUAAGCCAAACCAAGUGGAGACUUAGUUUUUCAAGUGUUAAAGUAUUUUUAAUUUUUUAAUGAAACCAUAUUUUAAGUGUUAAAUGAAGCAAUGCUCACAUUAAUUUGCAUUCUUGUUGGAAAGUCUAAAAUGCUUCAAAAUAAGACAUUUCAUGUAUGUAAUUAUAUAUUAUUGUGUGUAAACAUUUAUACUAAGGUCUCCAUACACUAUGUUUUUCUAUUGAAAACAGUUUGGGGAGAAGCUAUUGAACAAAAACAGAUAUGGAUCAAUACCUGUUUGAUCACUGCUCUAUACCCGAUAUAUCACAACUGGCUUUCUGCUUUAAAAGUCAGCAAAGUUCUCUUGUAUGAUAAUUUGGUUAUUUACUAUUACAUAUCUAUAAUCUGCCGGUGUGAAAAGUAGAUGUACAUGUAUGCUGAAGGCUGAUAAAUAUUAAACACUCUUCUUCCUGAGACCCCCGCCCCCCGCUAGAAGAAGAUAUCAAGGUCCAUAUCACAAGAUCAGAACCUUUCAUGUAACUCUAAUAAUCUAAAUAAUUCUUUAACAUAUUUAAACACUGAAUCCAAGUGACUGUAAAAAGGUCUCAUUACAAUGAAAUCAAUACUGAAUAAUUACAAAGACUGAUUAUAUAUCUUUAGUUUGACUUGUAAUAGACAUGUUGAUUUUUGUGGCACUUAGACUAUUUUUUAAACUAUUAAAUUGCCAUUUUACUGAUUAACUUACUAAGUCCUUUAUUUACAUUUGGAAAGGGUUAGAAAUUAUUUGAGAGAGGAGAUAAACUGAGUCAAUUAAACAAUCCUAACAGGUUCAAUCCAGUUUAAAAAAUAUCCCUUUAAAAAGUAUCUAUCAUCUCCCACUCUUGUCAUGUUUAAAUAAGCCUUGACAAAGAGGUUUAAGCUUCUAUCUUUAAAUCUUUAAGCAUCAAAGAGACAAAUUAAAAAUAAUUGGCUAGCAAAAGGCAUGACACCGAUUCUUGUUCUAUUAUAAAGGAACCAUAAAAAUUACUUUGUAAAUCUUAUAUACUGAAUUUUUCCCUUUCAAUAAAAAUACGCAUUCAGAUUGUGUGAUUCCUUUUGAGGCAGGACCAACAUAUUACUGAGGUGACUUAUGGUGCAACACUUGACAUGCCUAUACUGCCACACAGCAGUAACUGGAAGGUAGCACAGAGAUGAAGGAUGAAGAGCAAAGAACAACUCUGAAACCUGAUUCUCAGGUUAGCUGAACUUUCUGGGCAGCUAAGAGAAAUUCCAUAUAAUCUACACCAAACAAGCAAGAUCCAAGGAUCUGCCCUGGAAACAGAACAGAGGGAGCCUUUCUAGCGUAACUAUAAAUAUUGCAUAAUAAUACAAUGAUGCCACAUUUUUCAUGCAGGAAAGAGACAUGAGUGUUCAAUUUCUUCUAUUAUGAUUUCUAUGGAAAAACUAUGACAUAUUUGGGAUUUAGAUACAGGUUAUCAAAUUCACACAGAUUUCCCCUACACACACACACAUGUGGUAAAACUGGAAGUAGGGCAUUAAUUUGAUUUUGGAAAACCGAGCAUUUUUACAACUGUCACUGUGUGUGAAAAAAGGCAUAAAUCCUUGAGAAAAUCACUACC